GUGUGCUGUCAGCUACUGGGCUUGGGCUUUGUCGAUCGAUUGAAGCUACGACUUCCAAUAUCCGAAAUCCGAAAUUCCAACGACAUUUGGGAAGAAAUCCCUUUUGCGGUUCUAGCAGUAUUAACAUGUUGGUCCAGCCUGCGUGCUGAUCAUUGUUUGAAAAAAUAGCGACUUAGAGUUUAAAAUACGGCUAUCUAGGCAUUCUGGGGCAUGGCUGCUGAAGACAGAAUCAGUGGACUUCCUGGUGAUAUACUUGACCAUAUUUUGGGGUUAUUACCAAUUCGAGAUGCUGCUAGAACUUCUGUUUUGUCUACGGUUUGGAGAGAUGUCUGGUUAAGUCUUUCCCAACUCAUCUUUGACACUAACUUUUUUAUUCACAUCCAUGACCGCUACAUUGCAGAAUCAACCAUGUUUGUAAUCAACAAAAUUCUCAUGAGGCACAACAAACCUAUUCGAAAAUUUGUUUUCCAUUUUGACAAUUUCUUUUGGGCAAAAAGAGAUAAGAAAACUAGUUGGGUUGAAUUGGAUGAAUGGUUACUUUAUCUCACAAGAAAUGGGGUUGAAGAAUUGGACCUAUCUUUUGGGUCAUCUGCAUAUGCAUACGUAUUGCCCAAUUUCAUAUUCUCAUGCUCAACUCUCAAGAAGUUGUGUCUUCAUGGAGUGUUUGUUGAACCAAUAAACGUCUCGUGCAUAUUUCCGAAUGUCACUUCUCUUUGUCUUAAAAGGAUUCAGUUUGAUUCCAAAAAUCUUUUCUAUUCUCCCACGGAUCUUCCCAUGCUAGAGAGUCUUGAGUGUGGAGAUAUUUCUGGUUUCAACAUGACUGCUCCAAAACUUAGAAGUUUAAAAAUUUCCAAUGUGUUCAACAUGACUUCUCAUGGUGUUCUUCCGUUUACCUUGGAUUUGAAACCCAUCUCUUCUCUUCAUCUCGACCAUUGCUCUGCUAAGGUACACUAGACACACAUCUUCUACUUUUUUCUGGAUUACUAUUUGUAGAAUAUCUUUUAGAAAAUUAGCUGACUCCUACUUGAUUUUUUCUAGGAUAUUAUUAAAGAAUUUAGACGAUUGGGUAAACAAGGAACUAUGCUCAAUGUGGGUUGCCUCAAGCUAUGUUUGAGGGUCCUCAGCGAUGAGAUUUCCGCCUUCAUUAAAUUGUUGCAAAUGUGUCCAAACUUAUACAAACUUGAUAUAGAGCUAUCGGUAAGCCGGUAAUCUGAUAGAAGGCACAAUUCUGUGUCAUAGAGAACUAUUAUUCUAUUUUUCAAAUUGUUCAUGUUAGUUUUUCUCCUUCCUUAAAUUGCAUUUCUUUGCUCUAAAUAAAUGGUGGGCCAAAGGAGAUAUAUUACCAUUUUUUUAAAUGUUUUUUAGAACAUAGGUGUGGCAUUUACUACAGAAGCUUCUUUGGAGUGUCGGGAGUUUAUUCUGGCCGAAACAUGCCAAAGGGUUCAUAUUUUGAAUAUUUCUUGUGCGUUUAGAGGGACAAUGCCGGAAAUGAUACUCUUCAAGUGGCUUGUUUCAUGCUUUCCGAUGCUUGAGAAUGUUUUCAUAUAUCAAAGAAAAACAUUCUGUUCCAACACAGAGUUUAAAAACAAGAGAAAGCUUUUGCGCUUUCUUCGGGAUUCUUCAAAAGCGGAUAUUGUUUACUCCGAAAAAGGUUGUUAGAUUUGUAGUCUAGCUUAAGUAUUUUGUAAUAUAGUACAUUACUAUUUUUGAAGUCAUGUGUAUGUAUUACUCAGUAUGCAAACUUUCAACCUCUAAAUCUUGCGGAACGUUGCCCAUUAAGUUUGAUGGAAAAAUUUCACCACUUCUGAAAUUCAUUUAGGGGGAUUUCUCAAUCCGC